GCGCUGAUUGGCUGCGUUGGUGGCGCAGGCUCCUGAUUGGCCAGUGCGCAGUUUAAAGGUACGGGCGCCGAAUCGGCGGGAACCUGCGGGGCGUAGUGGGAGUGUAGCUGCCUGCUGAAGGGGUCUCCGAGCCGCCAUGAGCUGUGUCAACCUACCCACCGUGCUGCCCGGCUCCCCCAGCAAGACCCGGGGGCAGAUCCAGGUGAUUCUCGGGCCCAUGUUCUCGGGAAAAAGCACCGAGCUGAUGAGGCGAGUCCGCCGCUUCCAGAUCGCCCAGUACAAGUGCCUUGUCAUCAAAUAUGCCAAAGACACCUGCUACAGCAACAGCUUCUCCACUCACGACCGGAACACCAUGGAUGCUCUGCCGGCCUGCCUGCUGCGGAACACGGCCCAGGAGGCCCUGGGUGCGGCUGUCAUCGGCAUCGACGAGGGGCAGUUCGUAAGUGCUUGUCCUGGCCUCCCCUGCCCGCGCUGGCUUAGAGGUUCUGUGCAGUAACAAGGCCCACGUGCCUCGACUCGCGUCCGAAUACCUUGAAUUCCCUCACUGGCUUCCACGUCACAGUCAUAUAGGGUUUUUUUAACCCUUAAAAAUAGUUUAGUGAACAAAACAGAUUAGAUUUCUAACACUGUGUGUGGGGAGUGUUGUUUGGCUCCUUGUCUCCUCUGCUUGUUCCUGGGGGUUGAUCUUUCUCCUUGCUGAAGCGUGUCCGUUCGCAGUUCUUGCAGCCAGGAUGUGUGGGUGGGAAGGUGAGACCGUGUUCGCCUCCUGGUUUGGGCUGGGUGGCCAGCGCCUGGCCCAUCAGCCUUGCUGCUUUGCAAUGUGUGGCACCGCUGUGUUCCGCGGGAAGGCUGCUGGCGUCUGGCUGGUCUUGGAGAACAGGGUGUCCAGGGGAGCUCAACAAUCUACUCUUUUGGUCGUGCCUUUAAUCCCUUGUUCUAUAGUCUGUCUGAAAAGUCCGGGGUUAGUCUUUCCAGCUGACUGCGUUUCUGUUGCUUCAGAAGCAUGUUCCCGGGUGGAGUUUUCAGGCUGUCCUUGGUCUCGGUUCCUGACCUGUGCUUUGGGGGUUUUGUUGUUGCAGGUUUAUCUUGGAUGAAUGAAGCUGAAGCCCGUUCUCAAUGGGGCUUAGUUUAAUUCAUCCCCUAGGCGGGUUUGAUUUCACCUCCAGUCCAUUAGGGAGGGCAGUGAAAGCUACUACGACAAAUGCACCCCAAAUAACAGAGGCUGAGCAGGAUGGACAUUUUUUUUCCAAUCCCCAGGAUGGACCAGCGAUUGAACCCAGGGGUGCUUAGCCACUGAGCCAAUCCUCAGCCCUUCUUAUUCAGAGACAGGGUCUCGCUGAGUUGCUAAGCGCCUUGCUAAGUUGCUGAGGGUGGCUUUAAACUCUCUAUCCUCCUGCCUCAGCCUCCCAAAUCACUAGGAUUACAGGCUGACUUUUUUUUUUUUUUUUAGUUGCAGAUGGACACGAUAUUCUUAACUAUUUAUUUCUAUAUGGUGCUGAGGAUUGAACCCAGGGCCUCAUGUGUUCUAGGCAAGUGCUCUACCACUGAGCCACAACCCCAGCCCACACAUUUCUUUUUUAAUCGUCCGGUGAAGAUGGAAUAUA